GACAGGACUUCAACUCCAUGAAGAUGGCUAGCUGAUGACGACGUCGCCCCGUACUACAAAUACACCAAUCCGUUGCACUCUGCAUCGCCUUAGCUGUAACUUAGACUCCACAUCUUGUCCUUUUUAGCAGCUAGCUAGCACUGCACACAUUGUUAUCUCCCACCACUUCCUCCACAAAUCCAUGCGAGUGUUUCUCCUUCAAUCGAGCCUAAUCGAUCGAUCAGUGACCACCGACCACCCCAAUUGGCCGGCUUCUCGAUGACUUACAAUGGAAUUCCUGCGACGUUCUUCCCCGCAAACCUGCUGCUGCAGAAUGUUCCUGACGAGGAGAGGCGGCAGCACUCCGUCAUCGGCUCGCAGCACAUCGGACUGAGGCUCUUGCCCAAUGACUGCGCGGGCGCGCGAGCCGAGAAGAGAAGCUGCAGAAACAUGGAGGAGGAAGAGGUCUCGGACGGCGACGGCUCGAGGGAGAAGAAGCGGAGGCUGAGCCUGGAGCAGGUGAGGACGCUGGAGAGGAGCUUCGAGUUGGGGAAGAAGCUGGAGCCGGAGAGGAAGAUGGAGCUGGCGGCUGCUCUGGGGCUGCAGCCCAGGCAGGUGGCCAUCUGGUUCCAGAACAGGAGGGCCAGGUGGAAGACCAAGAAGCUGGAGAAGGACCACGAGGAGCUCCAGAGGCAGCUCGAUGCCAUUAAAGCAGAGAACGAGUCCCUCAAAGCCCACAACAAGAAGCUUCUCUGCGAGUUGUUGGCACUCAAAGGGAAGGAGACCUAUGAGCCAAUCAAUCUGAACAAGGAAACAGAGGGAUCAUGCAGCAUGAAGAGCGAGAACAGCUCCGACAUCAACUUGGUGAUCUCCAGAGCACCGAUCAGCGAGAGCCCUUCGGAUCUCAACCAGGGAAGGAAUUUCUUUCCUUCCUACAGGCCGCCGAGUGCUAAUUCCUUCAAGCCAGAGGCGGCCAAGAUUGGCGGCGGCGGCGGCGGCAGCAUCCAGGAAGAGAACCUGUGCCACAUGUUCUGCAGCACAGACGAUCAGUCGCCCUUCUGGCCGUGGUCAGAUCAACAUAACUAAUCCUUGACGAUCACAGUCGAUCGUCCGGAGUCCGGACAAGGGAGGGAGGGAGAGAGAAAAAAAAAAUUCAACAAGUGUCCCAUUUUUCUUUUGAUCUUAUCCUCAGGCAGGCAGCCUAGCACAUGCAAAAGGACACUGACGCUUGAAAAGGAAAGCUGCUGCUCUUUUGAAUCCAAAAACAGGAGGGAGGGAGUGAGGGAGGGAGAAGAAGUUAAGAAAAUGAACAAUUCUUGACGGUGAAGUAUCACGUCCCGGUCAAUCAUGAAUGCUGUCAAUUCUCUCACUCACAAGGCUUGGUGUGCGCAUUGCUUGUAUAAAACAGAGUUGGAUUGAUCAUAGGUUUUUGUAGUGUGUUUAAUCAUUGUUUUUGUUAUGACUAUCUUAUCGUAAAUUUAUUUACCA